AUGUGCCUUGUCCAAGCUACCGGAGGUUCCUCUACACACAAACUUGUCAGUGCUGGAGCUGAGAAGAUGAUCAUCACACGACCAGAUUUUGUUGAUCCACCCGGAUCCAAAGACAUCUCGAUCACUCGUACUGCUAGAGCACCAAAAGAAGACAAGUUGGUCAUUCACUUUUGCACGUGCCGAUGCAACUAA